GCUUCUAGUCUAGUCAGAGCUGCGGUGGCUUGCGUUCCAGCUGCCCUCCUCAGAUAGGAAGCCUGCACUGUGGGCUGGGGCAGCCGCAGCCUCUCCUGCCUGACAUCCAGUCCGCAGCCCCUAGGCAUGUGCUGCAGGUCCUGGAGCCCCUUAAAGCCACCAGCAAGUGUUAGAAGACUGCGUGCUGGCCCGUGAACAGAGCCAGACUUCACACUGAGCAGCUGCAGUCGGGGAAAUCAGAGAAAGCGCCACCCAGCCUGAGAUUCUGAGGGACCUGCUGGGGACGCCGCUCUUCCUCUUCCUCGGGAAGGAAGACCCCGAGGCCACCGGCUGGCACCAGCUCCUGGGCUGCGAUGGGACUGGGAGCCGCCACCCCCAGGCUGUCCUCCGCCCUGCCGGGCAGAUAGGGCAGCUGUGCCCAGGAGGAUCCGCCCUCUGCCUGCUGUCCGGCACCUCCUCCUGGCCAGCUCUUCCUGGACUGGUGGCCACCUUUGCUGACCCGAGGCCAUGUAGGCACCGCUCAGGCCUUUGCACACACGGCUGGGGACAGCGCCUCUGCUCUCAGGGGACCCAGUGCACCACCAUGCCCCGGGGACUCACCUGUCUGCUCUAUCUUGGGAUCCUCCUUGGUGUGCCCUUGGGGAACGAGGGUCUGACCCAGAAUAAGGAGUGCGCCGUCACCGGCUUCCUGCGGGACAAGCUGCGGUACAGGAACCGGCUUCAGUACAUGAAACACUACUUCCCCAUCAACUACCGGAUCAGCGUGCCUUACGAGGGGGUGCUCAGAAUCGCCAACAUCACCAGGCUGCAGAGGAGCCGGGUGAGCGAGCAGGAGCUGCGCUAUCUGUGGGUCUUGGUGAGUCUCAGCGCCACCGAGUCGGUGCAGGCGGUGCUGCUCGAGGGCCACCCGUCCUGGCGGUACCUGGAGGAGGUCCAGACGCUGCUGCUGAACGUGCAGCGGAGCCUCGCGGAUGUGGAGAUCAGCCCCCAAGUAGAAGCUGUAUUGUCUGUCCUCAGUACCCCAGGCCUGAGCCUGAAGCUGGUGAAGCCCAAAGCCCUGCUGGACAACUGCUUCCGGGUCAUGGAGCUGCUGUACUGUUCUUGCUGUAAGCGAAGCCCCAUCCUAACCUGGCAGGACUGUGAGGUGCCAGGUCCUCAGCCCCACCAUCCAGAGCCCUCGCUGCAGUGCUCUGCCGCCCUGUUGUACCCGCCACCUUAGACGCCCCCCACCUCCUGCCUGGCUUCCUGGGCUUAAGCGCCGGACCCCAAGUCAGGGCCCAGAGCUGAGGUCUCUCAGCCUGAGCCACCCGUAUGCUGACCCUGUGUGGGCACUCCUGACUUGUCCCAGGAGCUGGGCCGGGCCUGAGAUGCACACCUUUUGGAGAAGUCCUGAGCCAAAGCUGGGCUCAGCUUCUGCCUUCCGACCUGACUCUGUCACCCACGGCGUGGUGGGGGCUGCGGGCCCCUGGCUGCAGGUGGUGCUGGAGAGUACCGUGGUCACUGCAGCCAGAGCUGCGCUUCCAGGCAGCAGGCAGAGAGGUGGGGACCACGUAGGACUCCAGGACUCAUGGUGGCUUCCCAGCCAGGUGGCACUAAGGGUGGAGCCAAAUGCCACAUCUUGCCACAAUGGAUGCUAUUCUAGUUUUUUCUAUUAAACACCUGCUUGUUUUGGUUUG